AUGUCCAUUCAAGGAAUCAAUGCUACGGAUAUCUCCAAGAUCACUUCGGGACAAGUGAUUAUUGACUUGAGAUCUAUAGUGAAAGAACUUGUUGAAAACGCAAUUGACGCAUCAGCGAAAAAGAUCCUGGUGAAUUUUGCAAACUACGGUAUAGACUCGAUAACUGUUCAAGAUAAUGGUAAAGGUAUAAGCGAAAAUGAUUUUGACACUGUCUGCUUGCGAAGUCAUACCUCUAAGAUUAAAGAGUUUGAAGAUUUAUCCAAGCUUGGAACAUUGGGGUUUCGUGGAGAAGCUUUGAAUUCCAUAUGCGCUUUAGCGAACAAGGUUUCCAUAAAGACGCGUACUCUUGAUUCGAACCCCAUUUGUCAUAUUCUAGAUUUUGAUCAGUUUGGAGCACUUGUCAAAAAUACAAAGAAGCGAGGGGAUAUGAGUACUCCCUCGGGGACUGUUGUUACAAUUGAAAGCAUAUUCAAAAAAUUCCCUGUUCGAUGGAAAAACUUUAUCAAGAAUUCCAAAAAGGAGUUUCACAAAACUGUCAGCUUUAUUACCAACUACCUAUUGAUUUACCCCACGAUCAAAUUUGAAGUGACAAACGUUAAUAAUGGGAAAAGAAGUCUUAUAUUAUCUUCGAGGGGAGGCGAGAACAACACAAGCACGGAAAAUUUGAUUUCCAUCUUUGGUACAAAUGGUAAUACCAACUUGCUCGAAAUUAACUUGCAGAUAAACAAAGACAUUUCAAUUGCGGGCCACAUAUCAUCCUACUCUUUUGGCCUUGGACGUUCUACACAAGAUCGGCAGUUUCUCUUUGUUAAUAAGCGGCCUAUUGUUUACAAGAAAUUGGCCAAAAUUAUAAAUGAAAUUUAUAAAUCGUUCAAUCAUGUCCAAUUUCCUGUGUAUAUUCUCAACUUGGACAUCAACCCUGAAGCCAUUGAUGUGAAUUUGCUUCCCGACAAGACUAGUGUUCUUGUUCAUAAUGAAGAUAAGGUGUUGGAACUCAUUAGAGAAAGUUUAAUAACUUUUUAUGAAACAAAAGACGAAGUUGUAAUACCGCGGAAUACACAGAGUCAAUAUACAAUACCAAGUCGUACACACAGCAUGGAUGAAGCUUCUACAAAACUGGACCAAUCUAAGCGUCAAUCCAAUAUCAAUGAAACGUUGAAAGCUUUUAGCAAUGAUACCGACAGUAGCUUUACGGAAAUUGUAGCCAAGGACCAUAAAAUAAUGAAGCUGGACUCAAAACAUAGAGAUGAUGAAGAAACUGAAGAAGAAAAAGAAGAGAAGGAAGGACAACAACAACAAGGUGAUGAUGAUGAUGAUCAUCAUCAUCAUCAUGAUGGUGGUGGUGGUGGUACUUAUAAGGUUAUAGACGAGGUUAUAAAUGAGAUUAAAGCUCACGAAACUGGUUUUGGUACUUUUCACGAAUCAGUAAAAUCCCUGUUUAGUCUGGAAGCAGAUGUUGAGCUUAAGAAAUGUUCCUCCCCUGCAUUGAGUCAUGAAUAUGCAUCAUUAAGAAACCCCCUAUACAUUGAAGGUGGAGUGCCGACUUUGGUAUCGUAUCCUUCUAUUCACGGAAGUAAUGACGAGAUCAACAACAAAAAUGACAAUAACAAUGACGAUAAUGAUGACAAUGACGACAAAAACAACAACGACGACAAUGACAAUGACAAUGACAAUGCUGUAAAGAAAAGUACUGAGGAUAAAGAAAUCAAUAGUAAAGCAAGUGUUAAUUUGAAACGCCAUUUUGAUUAUACUACUACAGCCGCAACAGCAUUGCAGUCUGAUUUAGAUUCGGAAAAGGAUUCCAAUAAUGCCACUUGCAUUUCCUCCCCCUUUAUUAAAACGGACAAUAUGGAUUCUGCUUCACGAAAGCGGUUUAAAGGUAUAAUGUCAUCAUAUUUGUACGAAAAACCAGUAAUGCAACAAAGUAAUUCUUUAGAAGCAGAGGAGAUCAACCCUGCUGAUAAUCACGGGAAAAACUAUUUCCCUGUUUCUGAAGAACAAACUAGCGAAAAUGGUUUACAUAUUCAGAUUGGUGAUGAACAGUUUGUGGAGGAAAGCUUGGCAAAACACAAACAAACAAAUCGCAAAAGUGACUUGUUCAAAAGAUGGGAAAUAGUUUCUUCUGAGAGCGUGAUGUCAUUGCUUGAAGAAAGAAUGACAAUAUUUGGAGAUGAUGCGAACUAUAAAGCUCAGAAACUUUUGAUAAACAAAAGCUUAGAUGAACAAGAGAUUUACCAAAUCAAAAAGACAGAUUUUUUGGAUAUGAAACUCAUUGGCCAAUUCAACUUGGGGUUUAUUUUGGUGUGUCAUGGGUCAAAUUUGUUUAUUAUUGACCAACAUGCCUCGGAUGAGAAAUUCAACUUUGAGCGUCUUUUAGAGACAUUUGCAGUUAAUUACCAGCCAUUGAUCACACCAUUAUUUGUUGACCUAAAUGUUAUCGAUGAGAUGCUUGUGCUUGAUCAUGAACAGAUAUUUCAAAACAAUGGUUUCAAGAUAUCGGUUGAUUAUGACAAACCUGCAGGUGCAAAAAUCUCUUUAACGUCUUUACCGGUGUACAAAAACAUUAUGUUCAGUGUGGAUGAUUUUUAUGAACUAAUCAACUUGAUAAACGAGCAACCAAGUAACAGGAACAUAAAAUGCUCCAAGAUUAGGAAAAUAGUGGCCAUGAAAGCGUGUCGAAGCAGUAUAAUGAUUGGCUCUUUUUUAUCAAAACAAAGAAUGCAAAAAGUAGUGGCAAACUUGAGCAAGCUAGAUAAGCCAUGGAACUGUCCGCAUGGCAGACCCACAAUGCGGCACUUGAUCGAGUCAAACAAUUGGCAAAGCCGGUACCCAGACUAUUUUUUAUAA